UGCUGACCAGGCUCUGGACAGGUUUGCCAUGAAGCGUUUCUAUGAAGACAAAGUGCUUCCUGUGGGCCAGCCAUCGCAGAAAAGGUAUGUGGAGUACUUCAGCGGUCUGCUCUCCGGGCACAUCAAGAUCAACAACAAACCGCUGUUCCUCCACCACGUCAUCAUGCACGGCAUCCCCAACUUUGAGUCCAAAGGAGGUUGUCGUCCUUUUCUCAAAAUCUACCAGGCCAUGCAGCCCGUGUACACAUCUGGGAUCUAUAAUGUCCAGGGGGACAGCCAGACCAGCAUCUGCAUCACCAUUGAACCUGGACUUCUCCUGAAAGGGGACAUCCUGCUAAAGUGCUACCACAAGCGUUACCGCAGCCCGUGCAGAGAUGUGAUAUUCAGGGUGCAGUUUCACACCUGUGCUGUUCAUGACCUGGGGAUAGUGUUUGGGAAGAACGAACUCGAUGAGACAUUCAAAGAUGACAGAUUUCCAGAGUAUGGAAAAGUGGAGUUUAUUUUCUCCUUUGGACCAGAGAAAAUUCAUGGUGUGGACCACCUGGAAAACGGGCCAAGCGUCUCGGUUGACUACAACACGCAGGACUCCCUGAUCCGCUGGGACUCGUAUGAAAACUUUAAUCAGAGUUGUGAGGACAACACAGACG